UUUCAGGAAAGGUGACUAUGAGGACUGAGACAGGGCCUGGGACUGAGGUGACACCCCAACAUAAGGGUACUGAAGUUACCUUUCCAGAGUCAGACUCAGAUGGUAAAAUGGCAAAAGAGGAUAUUAAGCCUCAUGAUGACUCUGGAGAUGUGCAUGAUGCAUCAGACAGAACAACGUCCAACAAGAGCCCAAGAUCCCCUCAGAAAGGCUCCAAACGCUCCAAGACUGUUCCCUUUAAAGUCACACUUUUGGACAGUUCUAUUUAUGAAGAGAACAUUGAGAAACAGUGUAAGGGGCAGGUUCUCCUGGACCUGGUGUGUGAACAUCUAAACUUGAUGGAAAAGGACUAUUUCGGCUUGACCUUCAGUGAUUCUGACAGCCAAAAGAACUGGUUGGACCUGUCCAAAGAGAUCAAGAAACAGAUGAGAACAUCUUCUUGGCAAUUUAAUUUUGCUGUCAAGUUUUAUCCACCGGACCCCUCCCAGUUAAUGGAAGACAUUACAAGGUACUACCUGUGUUUGCAGCUGCGAAAUGACAUCCUCUCUGGCCGUCUGCCCUGUUCCUUUGUCACACAUGCUUUGCUGGGUUCCUACACCGUGCAGGCAGAACUGGGAGACUUUGACCAAGAUGACCAUGGCUCCGACUACGUUAGUGACUUCCACUUUGCCCCCAACCAAACUCGUGAACUGGAGGAAAGGGUGAUGGAACUACAUAGAACUUACAGGGGAAUGACACCUGCCGAGGCGGAAAUUAAUUUCUUGGAAAAUGCAAAGAAACUCUCCAUGUACGGUGUUGACCUGCAUCAUGCUAAGGAUUCAGAAGGGAUUGACUUAAUGCUGGGCGUGUGUGCCAAUGGUCUAUUGAUUUACCGUGACAGGCUGAGAAUCAAUCGUUUUGCCUGGCCAAAGAUCCUCAAGAUCUCUUACAAAAGGAGUAAUUUCUACAUCAAAAUCCGCCCUGGAGAGUAUGAGCAAUUUGAGAGCACCAUUGGCUUCAAGCUUUCUAAUCACAGAGCCGCCAAGAGGCUAUGGAAGGUUUGCAUUGAACACCACACCUUUUUCAGGCUAGUGUCCCCUGAGCCACCACCAAAGGGCUUUCUGGUGAUGGGUUCAAAGUUCAGAUACAGUGGAAGGACCCAGGCCCAGACACGGCAGGCCAGCGCUCUGAUCGAUCGGCCCGCUCCCCAUAUUGAACGGUCCACUAGCAAGAGAUACCUUCUUUCUCGCAGUCUAGAUGGAGGUUAGAACACUUUUGUUUUCCUCUACUUUGUCUUUUGCUGUAGCAAAAUUGUCUCGAUAUUGUAGCUUUUCACUACUUUCAGUCUUUCACAGUGGACACAGUUAAUCUAGGAGUUAAGUAUAGUAGCACAUACCUUAUUCAGUGGUGACCAUGUCACUACAAUUAUUAUGAGGAAUCUUUAAAAAACAACCAUUGAACAUUUUGCUGAACUGUUGUUGGACUGCAGGAAACAUGGAAUAUCAUAAUAAUAAGUCAUAACACAAUUGUACUUCAAAACUGUAAGAAGAUACAGAAAAG